AUAAAGGAACAGGAGAGUGGGAGGGUUUGGUUGCGCAGCAAGAAAACAAACCAGUACCCAACUUAGUGUGUUUGUGUGUGUGUGAUCGAAAUUCGAAAGGACGAACGAGAGGAAUCAAAUCAAUCAAUCAAGCGAUCGAGAAAUUAAGAAGUGAAGAAAUGGGUGAAGAGAGAGAGGAUCCACAGCAGAUCAAGAGAGCGGCGGCGGCGGCCUACGACUACGAGAACGACCCCAGGUGGGCCGACUACUGGUCCAACAUCCUCAUCCCUCAUCACAUGUCCUCCCGCAGCGACGUCGUCGACCAUUUCAAGCGCAAGUUCUACCAACGCUUUAUCGAUCCUGAACUUAUGGUAGACGUGAUGUCAUCUAGCAGUUCUGCCCAGCCAAAGAGACCAUCUGCCUCGUCCUGGACGACAAAUGACCAAACUCAGCCCCGUAGCGCAGGUUCAACUCCAGGGACACCAGCAGCAGCUCCUCCAACUUCUCUGCGUUGGGAUCAAAAAACCAUUCAGUUUUCUGUAAACGCUUGGGUGUUUCUUGUGGCUGUGUUUGCAAUUUUCCCACUGGUGCCUAGAAACCUUUCACAUAGGGCAUAUCGGCUUUCCUUUAUGGGCACUGCAUGUUCAUCUCUGUAUUCCUUGUACUCGCUCUACGGGAAACCAAGGGCUUGGAACUUGCAGGCUUUUCAAGUGUACUUUCAGUCAAUUAUCAUGACUAAGGAUUUUAUCUACUUGAUGUACUGCCUUACCUUUGUCACAUCACACCUUUGCCUAAAAUUCGCGCUGAUUCCCAUUCUGUGUCGGGCUCUUGAGCACGUUGCCAAGUUCCUUAGGCGCAAUUUUAGUCAAUCCUCCUUGUACAGGAAGUACCUGGAAAUGCCUUGUGUUUGGGUGGAGUCAAAUACAACUACCCUCAGCAUACUUUCUUCACAUGCUGAGAUCGGAGUUGGCUUCCUUCUGAUUAUUUCAUUGUUCUCGUGGCAGCGCAACAUUGUACAGGCAUUCAUGUACUGGCAGCUAUUGAAGCUCAUGUAUCAUGCCCCAGUGACUGCUAACUACCAUCUGAGCGUGUGGACCAAGAUCGGAAGGACAGUUCAUCCUCUUAUCCACCGCUACACCCCGUUCUUGGGAACUCCCCUCUCUGCUGUCCAGAGAUGGUGGUUGCGGUAGAGGUAGAGAAUCAGAGACUCGGAAGAAGAAGAUGAGUUUGGAGAAGGACGUCGAUGGAAAUUCGCUUGAAUUCUUGUAAGCUAAAAGAAAAAACUGACGUCUGAUGGACUGAAUUUGUCGAAACUCAUUUGGAUUGCGGGUGGAUAAAAAGUAUAUCGAUUUUGUUUUCUCUA